AUGGCCCGCAUCUUCUCCGCUUCUUUCUUCCCUUCCAACUCCUUUAGACGACUAUUGAGUUUCGGAGGUUCCUCUGGUGGUGACUCAGCCCAAACCACCGGCCGCAUCUUCCCCGUUUCCUUCUUUUCUUCUGAUUCCUUCUUCCGACGACUACGGAGCUUCGGUUCUUCGGAUGACCCGGACCAAACGACGGCUGAAUCCAGCCACCCGUCGCCUCGCUAUGCCGAUGAGAACCCGAUCCCGAGUGCGAUGGAGAUGGAGACAGGUUCGCCGGCCGCCGCCGGACCUGAGCAAGACUCGAAGCGUGUGAGGAAGCUGGUCCCGACUGUGUCGCUGGCGGUGGCCGCGUUGUGCUGCGGGAUCUACGCAAGCAUCCCACCGGAGAUCCAGCUGCACCCGCCCUCGCCUCUCUUUUACGACUUCCUCACCGCUUUCGUUUCUUUGGGCGUCUUUACGAGCCUGGGCCUCUUGAUGUGCUCCCUCGUGAGGCCCGAAGGAGCCAAGGUCGCCUGGGUCCAAAAGAGGGUGGUGACCAUCGCCAUCAUCUUCUUCUUGAUCGCCUUUGUGCUUCGGAUUGCUCUCCUCCUUCCCGUCGCCUCUUUCGGGUACGUUUGGCUGGUCUUCUUCUUGGUCGCUGCUGGGAUCGCCCUCUAUCUUUACGCAGCUCGGAAGAAAGACCUCCACAACCAAAGUGCUCGAGAUCCAGCUUAUCGUCUGCCGAUUUCACUCCCUCGUACCGACGGAGGAGGGAAUUAA